AUGAACGAUCCCGGCCUCGACGAUGCCGUCGCUGACGAAGCUGGGGCCCUUGACCAACCCUUCGGACGCCAGGACUCGCAAAAUGGCGAGAAUCAAGCUCCUGUCGACCAUCGACACCCGGAGGCUGCUCGGUGGUGGCUUGCAAGCACAGCGUAUCCUCUGACGGCUGGUACCUUUGGGCCGAUGGCCAGUGCAUUCAACAUUUGCUCCUUAGCACAGACAUGGCGAAUGCAAGUCCAACCUGGUGGCGGCGCGGUGAAUAUUGCUGACCCCAAAUGGGUGAUCGGGCUCAAUGCGCUUUCGCUGAUUUGCGCGGUCGUUGCGAAUCUUGUGCUUUCGCUGAACAUGACCCGUCGCAUUCGGUUUGAAGUGGCCCAGCCCAUCAUUAUUAUCGGGUGGUACAUCUCAUCAGUCCUGUUGAUCGGGCUUCUCAUUGCAUUCAGAGUGGUCGGGGACGUUCCAACGAGUUCCGGCCACGUUUUUUCCCAGGCAUACUUCUACGGGGCCUAUGCAGCAGUACUCUACUUUGUCAUUUCUUCCCUGCUAGUGGUGACAGCUUACGGCGCAUAUCGGGGCCACUACAGCCGCGAGUACAAACUUACCACGAGUCAACGGACGCUGAUGCUGCAGACUAUCAUCUUUUUUUUCUACCUCCUCGGCGGUGCAGCUGUUUAUGCCAGGGUCGAGGACUGGCGGUUUUUGGAUGCAGUGUAUUUCGCCGACUAUACGCUGCUGACCAUUGGUGUCGGCAACUACGCGCCUAUCACCCACCUCGGACGUGGCCUGCUCUUCCCAUAUGCGAUCGGAGGCAUUGUGAUUCUGGGUUUGAUUAUCUCCUCGAUCCGAACCUUGACGCUGGAGAAGGGCCGGCAGAAAAUGGCGGAUGUGUUGACCUCGCGCACUCGGCGGUUCCUCGUUAAGCAGGCAUAUUCGGAUAAGAAUGCCUUUAAUAGGAUAGUGCCGCGCCUGGGAAAAGAGGCUGCCGGUGCUGAAGGACGCAGUUCACGCGAGCAGCGCAAGCAGGAGUUCAUCGUCAUGCGGCAAGUGCGACAGCUGGCGACGGUGCAACACAAAUGGAUCUCACUCAUAAUCUCUGUGGUACUUUGGAUGGCAUUGUGGCUGCUCGGCGCGGUGGUAUUUUGGCGCUCGGAGGCUGAUAGGCAUUGGACCUAUUUCGAGGCACUCUAUUUCGCAUACAUAUCCCUCUUAACCAUCGGGUAUGGCGACUUGUACCCUAACAGCAGCUUUGGCAGAUCCUUCUUUGUGUUCUGGUCGCUCCUCGCAGUCCCCAGUAUUACUAUCCUCAUCUCCAACAUCGGCGACACGCUCGUCCGGUUCCUGCGCGACGUCACUAUAUUCCUGGGUGAAAUCACCAUUUUACCCGGAGACCAGUCAUUCGGUACUCGCAUCAAGGGACUGAUCCAUACCUCCUGGAUCGACAAAUGGAUUCAAGAGACUACGGGCGAGAAGGCCCCUGCAGAGGCCAUUUCGGACGUGGAAGCCAACAACGAGGACCGCAACAGCAUUGAAGUUGAGGAACACAAGAAAGAAGAAUCAGCGCGCCAACGCGGCGACCUCACCGCCGAGAACAUACAUCACUACCAUUACAUGCUCUUCCGCGAGGUGCGCAAGAUGAUGGAAUACGCCACCAGCAAUCUGUCCAAAGAGUUCGACUACCUGGAAUGGGAGUACUAUCUCGGCCUGAUCUCGGGCAAGGACAAGCCCCUGGAGGAUGGAGAGACCGAAGAAGAAAAUGAACGAGACCCUUCUCGGAACUGGAGUUGGAUCGAUGGGACGAAUCCCUUGCUGGGCCAGAAGACCGAGGUCGAGUGGCUCCUCAAUGCGCUGACCGAGGUCCUGGAGCGGGAGUUGAAAAAGGCCAGUCGUGGGUAUCAUUCACCUGAGGCGAGUGAGCGUAAGCAUAAUCAUGGUGACUCGGAAGGCAGCCCGGGGAAUACUCCCCAGAGCGAGAAACAGGAAUGA